AAACAACUCUGAUCAAAUCCAGCUCCUUAAUAACAUCAUUUCGUCCUGAAUUUCGUUUAUUUCACACCUAUCUGUGAACAGACAAUUUCGACCUUUACAAAAGCUUGGUGACUUUUGUGAAGGACAUUAGAAAGCUUUCGGAUAAUUUUCAGACAACCUGUUAACACGAACCAACAGCAAGCACUGACGAAGGAAACUUUUUUGAAUUGUGGGUCAACACUCCAUUUGUGAUAGCGAUCACAAUCAUCCAGAUCUAUUGGCUCAAUCCGUUUAUGACAUUAUUCUUGUUUCCGUGGGAAUGUCAAUAGAAAACCACCAGAGUGCCUAUCAUUAUCGAAGUAGACCCCGUCCAGUUCCAAAUGAUGACGACGGACAUGCAGCAGAGAAAACAAAGUUGGGGAAAACAAGAGAAGCAGAGUUUGCACAAUCAAACGCGCGAGCAGCAGCAAAUAAACUGGUGGCUGAUUCAUUCUUCGGAACCGUCGCAGGACGCUUGGCACAAGAAAUUCAUGACGAGUUCCUUGUGUGUAAAAUAUGCUUAGAAAGCUACAACAACCCAAAGUGUCUCAGUUGUUUACACACGUUUUGUGCGGCCUGCAUUGAUAAACACAUUUCUGCUGAAGUCACUUAUAACAAGUACACCGACUACCGAGAUUUCACCUGUCCGCUAUGUCGGAAGCGAACGCAAUUGCCACUUGGAGGAGUUAAGAGGCUUCCCGACAACUUCCUUAUUUCAGGCCUGACGGAGUUGGUCAUGCGACAGCGUGCCUCUUCUCACUCAUCGUCUUCCAUUACCUUGACUGCAGGACCCAACGGUCGUGGCCUCGGAGAUGGACUGGACACCAACAACUGCUCAUUAAAUGGUGAGGAUGAUAAUGAUCGUGUUCAUCAACUUCCUCGAUUAAAUAGGCGUGGUAUUACCUUCGGAGAGUGUGAAAUAUGUGCCCAAGUCGGCUGGUUGGAUCGCGGACACUCGACAGAGCCCGUUAGCAGACCUUUGUCUAACGGUGACACUGGACGAGCCAGCUCGGCUCAUUUAAGCAAUGCGCCUCAGGCAUCAUCCAAGUGUUUGGAUUGUAACAAACUUCUAUGUAUCGAGUGUGUUAAGCGACACCGGAACACCAAGGUCACUAAAGAUCAUGCCACUUUUGAUUUGCAGUCCGGCAAAGAGAUUGAGUGCAAAGAGCAUCCCGGUGAAACCGUUCGGUUUUAUUGUGAGGCCUGUUCGUCGUGCAUAUGCGUCCUGUGCACCUUCAAUGAACAUCGAGAACAUGAAGUAACCAGUUUCGGUGAAGCUGUGAAUUGCUUGCGGGCUGAAUUGGAAGGGGCCUUGGAGCACGCUUCCAGACGAAUUCUUAGUUGUCAAACCAGAAUGAAUGCAGUCAAUGAGGCGUCGGAGUUGGUUCACAACUUGGAAAGGCAAAUUCACGAAACUGCUGAACAUUUUAUCGAAGCAAUCCAGAAACAAGAACAAGAAAUCCUACAUGAUCUACAUGAAUUUAUUGGGUCUAAAAAUAUGGCAACUAUCAAUCACCAGCUGGAUGCGGAACAUCGAUUGGAAUUGGCAGAGAACAUCUACAAAGAAUCAUCUAAAUAUGUAGAGGGACAAGAAAUUGACAUGCUUCUGGCUAAAUCAGAGUUGUACGAAAAGUUGAAUCAACUCAAUGAACUGCACUUGGAUGAAGCGGAGUUUGAACCCAUUACCGCUGAGGUAUAUUUCCGUCCAGGAACUGCCCAACUCGGUUACCUUACAAACGAAGUUUCCGGUCCACCAACGGAACAGUAUGAAUAUCUUCACCUACCACUUUCCUCGUCACAAUCUUCCCUUGAACUGGCUAACAGGCCAUUUCUGAGCACGACUGCUAGUCAGACUGACUCUAGCCUGCUUGAAGCACUCGCGCCAAAGCCGAAACCCAAAGAAGAGAAACAAUACAGAUGCAGAGGGUGCAACACGGAGUCACUAGAGACACGGGAUGAAGAAACGAACACAAGACCGAGAGGAAUCAACACGAGCAUUUCCUUCAGUGAGGCCGUCUCAAAUGCCAACUCGGAGGAACUACUGAACCAACUGGGUACAAACAAUCUUGAUUUCCAAUCGAUGGACAAUCUAACACGAGCCCGAAUGCGUCGAAAACUUCGCGAACAUUGCCACACAUUUGAUGUGUCCACAGGGGCACAACCGGAAGUUGUGGUGAAUGGUGAAAGACAGAAGCCUCCUCGUGGUCUCAAUGAUUGUGGCUUCCGUCGUUAUAGCACAAUUGACAAACAGCAUCACUAAUCGGCGAUAAGAUUUCAUAACAUGGUUUACCUAAAUGGCCUCGAAUGUCUAAAUCAAGCGGUGUGCUUGAACUUUCUGUGGGCUGAAACAUCAUUUCACGGAAAACUUCAGUUUCACAUACGAAAGAACAUAGUUAAAACUACCGAAAAAUGGCAAUUUCCCUAUUGAUUAUCCUCACCAAGCGGGGCAUGUGCAGCCCCAUCUAACAUGACUGCACUCUCUUUCUUUCCGGUUAACUCAUGUUGUGCUGCAAUUAAUUUUUUGUGUACAUAGGACAUGACACUAAAAGUGAAUACCCCAACUGCUGCACUAGUUGCUAAAUACGCUGGUUUUUCGCAUGUCAGAUGACUUUCAAAAAAAACAUUUUGCUUCUAAUAUAUACAAUCCGGGUUCGGCGUUCAAGAAAAUGUCGUUUCAGUUGUUCUUUCAGUUAGGUGCGUCGUUGGUGUCCUUUUCCUACGUGGUCAUC